AUGUCAGGCAUUCAGACUCAUUUAGAGGACUCAGUCCGUCCAACAGAAAGCCAAAAUGCUCGGCCUCGAGCUGUGUCUCGCGAAAAACAAUUCUACUCUGCUGCUCCUCAACCUGUCGCAGUAGCCCCAACACCUACAACAUCAGUAGCGGUACCUAGCGAUCAGCCACCGCCUCCUCAGCCUGGAGCGGCUCCUCAAGCUACAAACAUUUCUUCGAAAGCUUCCGUCCCUCCACCCCCAAAAGUCGGCGAGACGCCCAUGUCUCCAGUAUCUUAUAUUCCCCCGGGGUCUUCCACGACUGGCACGACUUCAUCUCUACAAGCGCCAGUGGUGACUCCACCAACUGUUCAAGAUAGCAAGCAAAUAGAUCUGGCGCAUCCGCCUGGAUACCAACAGAAUCCAUACGCAACGGACAUGACGGCGCAACAACGGUCGGCGACGCAGCCAGACAGUUCCCCAAGCUCAUUGGGGAAUCUUGAUGGCAGAUAUUCUGACGAGGCAAACACAUUGCAUGAAGUCGGUGAGGCAGUUGACAAGGCCAAGCAUUGGGCGGCAGAGAAAGGGACUCAACUCGCAGAGAAUGCUGGCACUCUGCACGGAAAGGUUUGGGAUACGCUGCAAGGGAAGAAGUAG